AUGGCGUUGACAUACAAGGAGGCCCAGCUGGUCAAGGGGACCAUACCGUUCCUUAAAGAGCACGGUGAAUCCAUCUCGGACAUCGUCUACAGCACCCUCGUCAAAAGGCAUCCCGAGCUCAACAACACCCUAAACGUGAUCCACCUCAAGGACGGACGCCUGGCGCGGGCGCUGACCGUCGUCAUCCUACGAUUCGCAACCAGCGUCAACAACAUCUCAGAGCUGAUCCCCAAGCUUGAGCGGGUCUGCAACAAACACUGCACACUUGGCAUAAAACCUGAGCACUAUGAGAUCCUCGGUGGCCUCCUCAUCGAAACCUUCGAGGAUGUCAUGGGCCCGGCCCUGACGCCAGACACCAAGGCCGCUUGGUUGAAGGCCUACAAGAUCCUCUCAAAUAUGAUGAUUGGCAGAGAAAAGAUCAUCUACAAGGACUUUGAAAGAUACAAGUGGGGAUCAUGGCGCAAGUUCAAGCUGGACCGAAAAGUCUGCGAGUCCGAUGACCUGUUCAGCUUCUACCUGGUGCCAAAGGACGGCAUGCAGCUCCCCAAGUUCCUACCAGGACAGUACAUCAGCAUCCGGCUGUUUGUGCCCGAGAUCGGUUACUACCAGACGAGGCAAUACUCCAUGUCAGACUCACCACGAGGCGGCGACUAUUACCGGAUCACAGUCAAGCGGGCGAAGGCGCACACAGCUUACCAUGACGAGGGCAUGCUCUCCAACAUCCUCAUCGACCGCGUCAAGACUGGCGACGACAUCGAGUGCAGCCAUCCGUCGGGAGACUUCUUCCUCGACACGACAGUGCCCAGCAGCGUCCCCAUCGUGCUGAUCUCGGCGGGGGGCGGCGUCGGCCCCCUUGUCUCGAUCCUCAACGCCGUCACUGAGGAGCAGCCCACGCGCCACAUAUCCUGGAUACAUGGCUGCCGCGAGGAUGUGCCCUUCAAUACGCGCUUGACGGUGCUCAAACGCCGCUGCCUCAACUUGAACACAACCAUCUUCAAGACGGUCCUCACGCGAGGCGACAUCCAGGGCGUUACCUAUGACUACAACAGCCGCAUCGACCUGCCCAAGUGUUCACCCUCACUCCUGCACCUGGGCCACGGCGGCGCUGAGUACUACAUUUGCGGGCCCGAGGCAUUCAUGAAGACGAUGAUGCAGCAGCUGAUCGACCUGGGCGUCGACAGCAAGCGCGUCAAGUGCGAGCUGUACAGCGUCGGCGAGAUGAAGCUCGACUCGGUGUGUGGAUACGCGACGCCCAGCAACGGGACGCCUCUAUCGUCGCCGACGAGUCUCGGUUAG